UCAUCUCUCUCUCUUCUCUGAUAAACCUCACCAGCUCCUCUCAUAUACAGAGCAGAGGAAACAACCAAACCUUCUCUCUAUUCCCCCAUUUUUAUCUUCCAUGGAAGAACAAUCAUCUACAUCAAAAUAAGAAACUAAAGAAAAAAUGUUUUCAAGACUGCUUCUCCUUCUUCUCUUCUCUUUAGUCUCUUUCUCAUACUCUUCAAACGUUUCAUGUCCUAACGGCACAGACUUCCUUCAGCUAACCAGAGCAUUCCGUUACGUCUCCGGUUUCAACUCCUCCUGGUUCUCUAACUGCUCCGUCAACGUCACUCACAUCGUUCUUCCGUCAAGAAAGCUAAACGGCACCGUUUCAUGGACUCAGUUACGAAACCUCACGCGCUUACGUGUUCUCGACCUCUCCAACAACUCUCUCGAUGGCUCUGUUCCUACUUGGCUCUGGUCUAAACCCGGUCUUGUCUCCGUCGAUCUUUCACGGAACCGGUUUGGUGGUUCGAUACGAGUAAUUCCUGUUAACGGUUCGGUUUUCUCUUCGGUUAAGAAUCUGAACCUCUCUUACAACCGGUUUACCAACGCGAUUAACUUAACCGGAUUCGUUAACCUCACAGCUCUCGACCUGUCUCAUAACAGUCUCCGUGUUUUGCCUAUUGGGGUGGGUUCUCUCUCCGGUUUACAUCAUCUUGAUAUCUCCAGAUGUAAAAUCAAUGCCAGUGUUAAACCGAUUUCCAGCUUAAAAUCGUUGGUUUACUUGGAUUUGUCGGAAAACUCAAUGACCGGUUCGUUCCCGGUCGAUUUUCCAAAUCUCGACCAUCUCCGGUUCUUAAACUUAUCUGCAAACCGGUUUUCCGGUUCUGUGGGAUUUGAUAAAUACCGAAAAUUCGGCAAAUCGGCGUUUUCACACGGCGGCGAUUUCGUCUUCAACGUCUCCAAAAUCCCGACUCGCCACCGUCUCCAUCAUCUCCCUCAUCAGAAUCCGCCGCCACGUCAUCGAGCCGUCAAAACGAACCGUUUUAAACGCACUCCGCUAAUAAUCGGCUUAUCUUCUUCGUUAGGAGCUCUGUUUAUUCUAGUCUUCGUCGUCUCUGUGAUUUUCAUCCGGCGCCGAUUGAGAUCGGCGAGGACGAAAUCGAGAUGGGCGAUCUCGAGUCCCGCACCGUUGGAUUUCAAGAUGGAGAAAUCUGGACCGUUCGCUUUCGAAACGGAGUCCGGUUCAUCGUGGGUGGCAGACAUUAAAGAGCCAACGGCCGCGCCGGUGGUGAUGGCGUCUAAGCCGUUGAUGAAUCUGACGUUUAAGGAUCUGAUUGUUGCCACGUCGCAUUUCGGAACGGAGUCCGUUAUAUCUGACGGCACGUGUGGUCCUAUUUACCGUGCCGUUCUACCUGGAGAUUUACACGUGGCAAUCAAAGUGCUUGAUCGGAUUAGAGACGUCGAUCAAAACGAAGCCGUUACGGCGUUUGAAGCUCUUACUCGGCUUAAGCAUCCAAAUCUUUUGACCCUCUCCGGUUACUGCAUCGCAGGAAAAGAGAAGCUUAUAUUAUAUGAAUUUAUGGCUACCGGAGACCUUCACCGAUGGCUUCACGAGCUCCCAACAGGAGAAACCAACGUGGAAGAUUGGAGCGCCGAUACAUGGGAGAGUCACGUCGGAGAUUCAUCACCAGAGAAAACAAACUGGUUAAUACGUCAUCGUAUCGCUAUUGGAGUUGCACGUGGUCUAGCCUAUCUACAUCAUGUUGGUACCACUCAUGGUCACUUAGUCGCUACCAACAUCCUCCUAACCGAAACCCUAGAGCCAAGAAUCUCUGAUUUUGGUAUCAACAACAUAGCAAAAACAGGAGACGAUGCUAAUGAUAACAAUUUAGACUUCGAUGUGUAUUGUUUUGGAGUGAUUUUGUUUGAGCUCUUGACCGGAAAGCAAGGGAGUGAGGAACAUGUGAAAGCAGUUCGACGGUUGUUUAAGGAAAGGAGAGGAGAGGAAGCUCUUGACUCGAGAUUGCGGUUAGCUUCUGGAGAAUCGGUUAAUGAGAUGGUCGAGAGUCUUAGAAUUGGUUAUUUCUGUACGGCGGAGACGCCAGGGAAACGGCCAACAAUGCAACAAGUGUUGGGUCUGCUUAAAGACAUUCGUACCGUUUCUCGUUGAGUUAGGAAACAAAGUGUAUUAGAUUUUCGGAUGUUGUUAAUUAUGGACAUAUUGUGCGAGAUAAAUGCGUUUUGUCAAGCUAUUAUAUGUUUUUGAGCC